CCACAGGUAAAAGCAGCCAACUCAGGAUACCUACUAGCUGAACUCCCAUCUGGUUCUCCUCUCAAAGGAUGGUUAUCCACACCUGCAUCAGUUUACAAACAUCAUGAUGGUCAACUCUCCAGUCUUUGCCAGCAUGAAUAGCAAGCAGAGGGAAAUGUAGAAGACUGCAACUCAGUUGUCCUGACAUCAUAAUCACUUCAAAAAUGUUUCUCAAAUACUAUGUCAGCCCCAUGUAUAUACUGUAAAAGAGCUUUUUUCCUGAUGAAAUCCACAUGACAAGUGCAACAAUGUAUUUUUCUGUGAAGUUUGUCUUUUGCAUUAUUGUAGCCUAAAUGCAGGUAGACUCAACUAAAAUAGCAUAGAUCAGACAAGGACCAGUCUGAAUCUGAAUGAAGUACAUUUAAACGAACACACUGAAGUCAACAUGAACACAUUUUCCCACACAUUUGAGCAGCGACCUGACCUCUACAAUAAGGCCAGUCUACAAUAUGGUAUGUCUCCACCUGGAGCACAUGGUGGUCAUCCCCAUACCAGCGCUGAGGUGUUCACGCGCACCGUACCCUUCCUCUUCUACCCGACAGGUGUAGACCCUGGAUUUUAUGAAAACUCAUACCGAAACACCUCCGCUCUUAUACCUUAUUUGCCCUCUUUUCACGGUCGAUUUGGCGUUUAUGAGUGCCCGUUUGAACCUGCCUUCAUCCAGAAACGCAAUGAACGAGAGCGUCAGCGGGUCAAGUGCGUUAACCAGGGCUAUGCUAAGCUAAGGGACCAUCUGCCUGGGAGCACGGGCGAGAAGCGCCUGAGUAAAGUGGAGACUCUUCGCGCCGCCAUCCGCUACAUCAAGUACCUGCAAGGUUUGGUGGAGGGGGAGAGACGAGAGGGAGCUCGGGAGAACCUCAAGGUCGACGUCAUGGGAGACAGCGAUGGAGGAUCAACGCGGUCGUUGUCUCUGCCUUCUUCUCCUGGAUUCUACUGCGAGGAUACCGAGGGGUCAGGAAUGUAACUUAGGCCUAUCCUAUGUCUAUGUCUUGUCUGACAUGAUCAUUGAACAUUCACGUUUGUUUUGCGGACUUAACUUAUUCUAGAAACUAGAUUUUAAGAAGGGGCCUCACAUUUGGAUAUUUCUAUUCUAUUGAGACAUUUCAAACAGAAACUCAUUCAGUCUUCAAUCCAUUUACUUGUGCUUCUCAUAGGAUAG